GGGCGGGGCCGGCUCGGCCGGAGCGCCUUCCUGGGCGGCCAAAACAACGGGCCGCCGGCCCCCGCUCCAGCCUCAACGUCCCGCACCGAUCGCCGCCUCCACGCCGGCCCCAGCGGGCAGCCAGGGGACGGGCGGCGAUGGCAUCCGGAGAUUUCUGCUCCCCUGUUGAGGGGCUGGAGCUGCUCCAGAAGGUAUGCGGGCACCAGCUGCCGCCCUGCCAGAUUGGAGAGGAGGACCUCCUGCACAACCCUCACUUCGCCAAGCUGCUGCUGAGCCUCGCGCAGCGCCUGGACGGGACCGGCCUGAGCAACGCCCUGGCUGAGGAGCAAGCCCAGGCCUGGAAGGAUGUCCGGCUCCAGAAGACCAUGUGGCUGAGGUCGGAGGUCCUGCAUAGAGUCAUUCAGGAGAUGCUGGUGGAUUAUUAUGUCAGAGCGAGGGACGCCAAUCUGACGCCGGAAGACAGGAAGUUCCACGAGACUCUGGAACAACGCCUCCUCGUGACUGAACUGACCCACCUGCUGGACCCCCCGCUCUGCCCGGAGAAGGAGACCCCGCCGCCGCUGGGACUGGAGAAGGCCGAUCUGCUGGACCUGAUGCCCCCUGCAGAGGACUCUCGUUUGCUGCAGGAGCGGCUCCUGCCGGCGGUUGAAGAGGGGCUCAAGAAGAAGUGCUUCUCUCUGCUCUGCUACCAUGACCCCAACUCAGACUCCGACACGGACACCCUGAAGGCAGCAAAGGUCUGGAAGCUGGCGGAGACCCUCACCGGGGAGAAGCAACAGAGGCAGGAUGCCAGAAGCCAGCAGAAGGAGCAGAUAGUUCUACUAGAGAAGCAGAGGGCCACUUAUUCCCAGGCUCUACUCCGCUGCCUGGCCCUGCUCCAGAAGCUCUUGCAGGAGCACCGGCUGGAGACGCAGGCCGAGCUGGAUCGGAAGCACACGCAGUACUUGGAGGUCAAGUGUAAAGCCAUGAUCCUGAAGCUGCGGAUGGAGGAGCUCCAGGUCCUUUCGGACACUUACCCGGCCGAGAAGGUGGAGGUUCACCGCAUCAUCAGGGACAGCCUGGAGGAGGCGACGCGCACGCAGGAGCAGGACCUGGAGAACUCGCGGCGGCUGCUGGGCGCCUACGAGGUGCUGGGCGCUGAGUUCGACGGGCUGGUGCAGGAGUACGCCCAGCUGAGGCAGGAGAUCGACAACAAGCGCUGGGCCAUCCGCGAGUUCGACAAGUCCUGCCACUGAGCCGGCGGCCCCGGGAGGGGGGCUUCUCUGAGGGCCCCCCGCCCGGGAGGCGGCAAAGAGCAGGACCCACGCGGAUUUUGCUCCCCUCACUUCCCCGGGGGAGUUGGAGGCCGGUGCCUCUCUCCUCCCUGUCCCUCUCAUCCCUGCCCCUCCCUGCUGCCAGACUUUGUCUCAAAUAAAGUGGGGGUGACCUUCA